AUGUCUUCACGACCAACAGGCAAGCGCCUCCCAAUCAGCUGCCAGGCCUGUCGAACACGCAAGAUCCGUUGCUCCCGGGAUGGCCGGCCAUGUCAGACCUGCGUUCGCCGCGGCCUCGGCGCCGAAGACUGCAUCUAUCUCGGCCAACCCCGACUCUCAGCAGAGCAGCCAUCACCAGGGGAGAGCGCUGUGCAAGCUGAGCUACUGGCCAGGAUCCGGAAUCUGGAAGCCUUGCUCCAGAGACAGAUGAGCUCACAGGCUGGCACGCCCACCGGUGGCGCUGUCUCGCCACUGGCAGGGACGAGUGCAGCUGGCAGUUUGCCCGAGUCUGACAUUGGUCCUGCAGCUGAGUGGGAUAGCUUCGGCUCUAUCAUGGAUAAUGUUGGCUCGUUGCAUACCUCGCCUUCCGGUCAUGUCCGCUACGUCCCACUUGCGUCUCAGUGGGAGUCUUUGGUGGCGAAGAGCCCCGCUGCGGAGUGCUUGAGGAAUAAUGAUUCAGAUGUGGCAGACGACGAUGAUGAUCUGCAGAUCCCAUUGGCCAAAAAUGGGACGAUCUCUCGGGAAGAGCUUUUGGCUGCUCUACCGCCUGCGAGUUGCUGCAAUGCCCUGAAGGAUGUAUACUUUCAGGUUUUCUCCACAGUUUUCCACAUUCUUCAUGACUUGACAUUUGAAGCUGAAUAUCAGCAGUUCUGUCACGACCCUGGCAGUGUGUCAUUAUCAUGGUUGGCAUUACUAUUUGCUAUCCUUGCUAUAGCUAUCAGCGCGCUCGAUGAUGAUCACCCUUUACUGGCUGACCUUGGACGGGAGCGCACGGUAAGCCGAAACAUCAAGAGUCUCUCAGCAAGAUAUCGCUCUGCUGCACUGCGGUGUCUUGCUGCCGACGGGGUCAUGUUCCGACAUUCGAUCAACUCACUCCAAGCCAUGGUUCUCAUUACUUACGCUCGAGCCCACCGUGGGCUGCCCAUUUGGACCUUACUUGGAUUCACCCACCACGUUGCGAUAUCGAUGGGCUGUCAUCUUGACCCAGAGCGAUUUGCAUUGGGGUCCAUUGAGCGCGAAGAGCGGCGCCGAGUCUGGGCCGGGCUCAUGAUGCUCUACACCAUCCAAAACACGGCGUUUGGAAGCCUCGAUCAGCGAGCUAUGUCACAAGAUGUGAAAAUGCCCGCAGACAUCGACGACGUCGAUCUUCUCACUAGCCCCAAUAUGGUCAGAUCUGCAUCCUCACCUGUACCAUCUCGUCCAACGCAAAUGACAUACCUCCUCCUCAAUUUCCGACUCAACGAAAUUUCCUCCAGGAUUUGCGAAGCGCUUUUCAGCCAUCCCAGAACAUCCCGCCGCAGUAUCUCCACGCUUGAAGCGGAAAUCAUUUCCGUUCGUGAGAUGGUUGAUGCUCGCUAUACACUCGACUCUAAUGAACCUUUGCCAACUCAUCAUCAGGCAAACCACCACAUUCUCUACAGCCAGAUUCAUCAAUUAAUACUACUUCUCUACCGCCCAAGCCUCUGUCGCUACUUGCAAGGCGAGACCACACAUGAGACCAGCACUGCUAGAGCCAAGUGUAUUGCUUCCGCCAAGGCUUCGAUUUCGAUAUUCCAGACCUUGCUCGAGUCAGCCUGCUUCAAGCCAUAUAGAUGGUAUACCAGCGGACUUGGAAGUUUCCACGCUUUCCAUGCUGCCGUCACAUUGGCAGUCAUUCUUUUGAUCCCGGAGAGCCAACCUGAAUAUCAAGACACCAAAGAUAUCUUGGAUAGAGCAUUAGAAAUGUUCGCUUCGCUCUCUGUGCGCAGUGUCUUCUCCAGCAAGGCAGUUCCUGUCCUUAGGCAGAUGAUUGACGUCGCCGCAGCAAAAUACAAUCCCAAUAAUCUCACACAUUCUCAAUUACACCUCCAAGCCCAAGCCCACAGCCAAGCCCAGGCGCAGGCUCAGCUCCAGCAAUCACAAGCAAACAUGCAAAGCCAACUUCUCAACACAGUCCAUACACCACUUUCCACUAUGUCCGUGUCAUCCAUGUCAUCCAUCUCUGCUCUCUCCCCAGUUGGACCCAUGCACGACAGCUUCGUCCUAUCCCACCCUCAUUCGCAAUCUGGCUCGCCGGUCCCAACAAUCGGGUCCACGAGCAGUGAGCCGACUAUGAUUUCUGGUCUCGGCCAUAUGCACCCGCAGAAUUGGAUGGGCCCUACAUCUGUGCCGUGGGAAUCAUUGGGCGCCCCGAUUGGAGGGUACGUCUAUGGUUCGGGUCCUUGA